AUGCCAAACUACGGAGAUCCAAAUUACUGGGACAAACGCUACGAAGAGAAUGAAGGCGCAGUUUUCGACUGGCUAGAGGACUAUGGAUCACUUAAACCACUUUUUAAGGAUAUACUUAAGCCAGAGAGCAAAAUUCUGGUACUCGGAUGCGGCAACGCUGAGUUUAGCGAAGAUUUAUAUGAUGAUGGCUACCACAAUAUCUACAAUAUUGAUAUCUCAUCAGUUGUGAUUAAACAAAUGGGUGAAAGAAACAAAGAUCGAGCAGAGAUGAAAUAUGAGGUGAUGGAUGUUAGAGAGAUCACCUACCCAGAUGGUUACUUUGAUAUUGCUAUUGAUAAGUCAACUAUUGACGCUCUUCUUUGUGGAGACAAUGCUUACUUGAAUGUCGCUAAAAUGAUGAAAGAGGUGCAGAGAGUUCUUAAAAAUGAAGGGUAUUAUAUUGCUAUUUCCUAUGGAAAACCAGAAAGUAGAGCCUAGCAUUUUGAAAGAGAUCAUUUGUCUUUUGCAAUGAAAUAAUUUGUAUUAUACCCAGUUGACACCUAAUCUGAAGAAUAAAAAGAGGAAAAGAGUCAUUACAUUUACCUGUGCAAGAAACAAGAAGAUGCUGAGCAGAGGGCGAUUGACAACUAUGAAAAAGUUCUCCAAGAUAUUAUUAGAUAGUAAGAGGAGGAAGCUGCUGCAUAUGAUGGGAAGAAUUCUGACGAGGAAAGUGAUGAAGAUGGAAGUACUAGAAAGAGAACAGCAAGAGCAGUAAGAGGCAGAAGAGCACUAUCAUUAUGA